GCCGGCUACUUCGAUCGGCGAUCAAAAAUUAUUUUCUCGUUCCGUUUUCCUCCUCCGCCGGGAUUUCACUUUUUCGCCGGGUUCCGAUCAAUCGGUCCGUCGUCGAAGCGAUGCAAGUACGCUAAGUCGCAACCGACAGCAAAACAUCAACGUGACGAGCGUUCCGCCGGAAUAAUAUCAUUAUACAUUUAUACCAGAUUACCAGCAGCUCGUCUCGCGAGUCGCGACCACUAUAGGUACUAUACCACUACCACUGUCAGCUCCCACCGCCUCGCCGUGCCGCCAUGUGCUAACGCAGUAACACCGCGGUUCGCCGUCGCAAUCGUCGUCGUCGUCGUCACUCGUCGCAACUGCAGCACAACGUUAUUACUCACCCCGGGCAACUACAGCAGUGAGUGAGCAGAUACCGCAAAGCCGACUGGAAUCGAUCGUGCGCACACCCGGACGACGGUAACCACUACAGCGAAGAACCGCCGGCAAGUACGAGCAGACGACACCACUGAUAUUUCAAGCAUCCUAAAGAAAUUUGCUGUAAAGAAAAUAUAUCAAGUCAUCAACUUAGUUUAAUGUACUAAGUUAUACCUACCUUUUUUCAAGACUUAAUUUUAACGCACAUUAAACACAACAUCAAAUAUGUCUUCUUGGCAAGAUUAUGUUGACAAACAUCUUAUAGCAUCUCGAUGCGUUACCAAAGCCGCUAUCUCAGGUCAUGACGGCACUGUAUGGGCCACUUCAGAUGGAUUUAAUGUUACCAAGGAAGAACUCAGCAGACUAAUUGCUGGUUUUGAAAACCAAAAUGUUUUGGCUGCUUCAGGUGUAACGUUAGCUGGCAGUAGGUACAUUUAUUUGUCUGGUACUGAUAAAGUCAUUAGAGCAAAGCUGGGUAAAGUAGGUGCACACUGUGUGAAGACCCAACAAGCCGUUGUUGUUUCAUUAUAUGAAGACCCCAUUCAACCACAACAAGCUGCCUCUGUUGUUGAAAAGCUUGGCGAUCAUUUGGUUGCCCAUGGAUACUGAACAUGAAUUACAAAAACGAUUAAUGUGCUUCAAAAAUAGAAGAAAAAAAUUCAAAAUUCAGAUUUUCAAGAACAACUAAAAACUAUAUGAUAUGGCAUUUAAUAUAUUACAUUAAAAUAACCAAAUCUCAAUUACACCCAAUAAAAUUAAUGUUUAUAAUUUUGGGAGAAAUAUAUUAGGUAUAUAUUAUAUUAUUUUAUUUUUAUUUAUUUUUUAAUGGAAUACCAAACAAUUAUUUCAUUAUCUUUUAUUAUAUUUUAUUUCUUAUAAGAUUUUGAUCCGCUGCUUGGGAACUAUAGAUUUGUUUAACAUUAUUAUUGUUGUAUACAAGUCCCAGAUAUUAUUACUACCUAAUAAAAUUAUCUUCAUACCCUUAAAAUUGUUAUAAAACAUAGUGAAUCUAUUGAAUAUUGUCUAUAAAUUAAAUUUUUUUGAUUAUCAGCUAUUGCUAAUCGAUGAUGUAUGAUUUAAUUUUCAAACCCCCUUGAUUCAUGUUUAUAUUUUUCUACUAUUAUAUACAAAUUUAAUUUUAAAAGAAAAUUAUAUUUUCUUUAUUUUUAAUGUUUUUGCUUUAUACUUGUUAUGAUUUGCACUUUCUACUGUUCCAUUUAGAAACAGUACCUAGUUAGAUAUUUAUACAAAAAUCCAUGACUUGAACGAAAAAAAUAGUACGUACCUAACAAUUAAGUGUUUUGUAAUUUGUUUAAUAUUUAAUUGGCUGUGUGGUAUCUUUAUUUAUGUUUAUUAAUUAUUUGUAAAAAUUUCUAUGAGCAAUAAUAAACGUAUAGCUUUUUAUACCAAUUUACGUUCCCUUUGGCUACCAAGUAAAAUAAUUUUGAAAGAAAUAUUGUAUUGUAUAAUAUAUUGUCAAAUAUUUUUUUUAUUAUAACCAACCAAUAAACAAAUAUUUAUAGAAUAUUUUACACUUAUAAA